CUCCGAAUUGACAAUUGCUCCUCAGGUUGCUCGAUCCUUGACUGCUGUGUAGAUCAUCAUCAUCGUGCUCUUCAGCCGCUGACUUUGAUCUUCUCAAUAGCUGUAUUCAUUUGCCCCGUCCCUCGACCAUGAUGACAGCUGCAGGGUUGCCAAGCCGUCCUCGGCUCUGCCUCAUCCUUUCCCUGUGGUGGAUGGCCUUACUGAUGGGCCCAGUUUCCUCGGCUUCUCCUGGAAACCCCAAAAGACCAUUGGCCACUCUCUCGUCCACGACACAACAGCAUUCUUCGUCGGAAAGUACUACUAGCAGCAGUAGUCUGGAUGUGGCCCAGGAAUGGAACAGCCUUCAUGACGUUGAAUCAGAAGAUGAGUUGAUGGACGCCACUGUGAGUGUGGCAGCCACCAAGGAACGCAAAAACUUGACGGAAUCUUGGUGGCCUCUUUGGUGGGGUAGAAUCAACAACGAUGCCAGCAACAACGCCACUGCAACCACCACAGAUAGUGACAAGAAGAAGAAGAAGCGAGGCAAGGGCGAACUACGACAAGUCGAAGACAAGAAGCAAGACAAGAAGAAGCAAGACGAGAAGAAGCAAAGCAAGAAAAAAGAAAAACCAGCCGACGAUGGCGACGUCAAGAAAAUCAAGAAGAAAAAGAAAGAGGAAGGCCCGGCACAAAAUACAACCUCUACAGAUUCAUCAUCCACAGCCACCAAUACUACUAGUACACUCAAGACAUCACCACCCACCCAAUUCAUUGUCAUGGGGGCUCCUCCUCGGGGUGCUUCUCCCUCAUCACCGUAUCCUCGAUCGCCACUCAUGUCACCACAACAACAGCAACAACAAAUGGCCACUCUGGCCAUUGCCGAACUCAUUGGCACAGUGGUCGCCACAUCCAUGCGACUAUGGCUCCUCGUUUGGGGAUCUCGCUACUUGGCCAAUCGACAAGAAAUCAUACAACCCACACAGAAUUUCGUAUUUGAGCGCUUAAAUGACAGAUUCAUGAGAGAUACCAUGGCACUCCAAACCGCUUUGGAACAACCACCCUUGGGUGUCAAUAAGCAACGCUGGAAAUUCAUCAUGGCCAAACGACGACAGCACAACCUGGCGUCCUUCUUUCAACGACCAUCGCUCGACAAAACUUUCCAAAAAACGGUCAUUGUCAUGGAAUAUGGAGGCAACAACCAAAAGGGAGAAUCAGAUCUCAAGUACGUGGCAGACCUGGUCUCCUUUCUUAUACUCAUGCACCAAGAACAAGCUUUUGGAUCCAUACCACAAUCACUAUCCGCCACAGAUCCCUCCACGGGAAGAACAAAAACGCUGACAGUCUGGAAACCCGUUCCACUCGAAGUCGUCUUGAAAAUCACCAGUCCCGGUGGUGCCGUGCCCACUUUUGGAUAUGCGGCGGCGCAAAUCAAACGAUUGCGACAAACCGAGGGAAUCUCCACAACAGUAUGUGUCGACAUGUACGCGGCAUCCGGAGGAUACAUGAUGGCCAGUCAAGCCGACAAAUUGGUCGCUGCGCCCUUUGCCACGGUCGGAUCGGUCGGUGUCAUUUUUGAAAUGCUCAAUUAUCAUGACGUGCUGCGGCAGUAUGGAGUCCAACCCGUCGUUAUGAAAGCGGGAGACCAAAAGAAUCCCAUUUCCUCCUUUGGAGCCGUCACCAAACAGGAUUUGGAAGUCAAUCAAGAGCGCCUUGAAAAGGUACACCAGGAAUUUCAACAAUUCACGAUUGAGGGAAGACCACAGCUGAAGGGAAAAGAAGCACAAGUCUGUGAUGGUUCCGUCUAUUUGGGAUCCGAGGCUCUCUCCCUCAACUUGAUUGAUGAAAUCAUGACGUCGGAUGAAUACUUGCAGCAACGAAUCAAGGCGGGUGACCGCGUCUUGAAAAUUCAUCGGUCCCAUCAAUCCCGAUUGGCUCCGUAUGCCAGACGGUUGUCCCCCAAGGAUAUUCUGCCGCACUUGAAGGCCAGAAUAGAAGCUUGGUUGGGAGGACAACAACCGGACAUGGCGGCACGGCUGGUCCAGUUGGGAAGUAUCAUUGGAUUUGUGCAUCACUUGAUUUCAAAUCAUGGAAGCAAGGGCUUUGGGGGCAACCCAACAUUUUAGAAAUAUACAGUGCAGUAAUUAUGAUUCGUAAAACUAUCCGCAUACCGCCUUAUCCUGAUUGGUUGAAUGGUGGUACUGUUCAGCUGGAACAAAGCGAACCGUUGAUGAGAGAUUCGAUGGCUACGUCUUCCAAAUGUCGUCACCAUUUAGAUACCAAAGAGAAAUGGGAGAAAACUCAC